AUGCCUGAGGGUAGAGUGAUAUAUGUGAUCCGCCGGGAGCCACCAAAGAAGAGAAUCUCUUCUUAUUUUGACGUUACAUAUCAUAAACAGAUCGAAAGGAUGCAAAAAUGCAAAGAUAAAUUUUUUUCAAUCAAGCACAUUAUAAAUAUACUUCCGAGUAAAGGGAAAAUGGUAGAUACACUUCGUUUUGCGCAAGCCCUUGCUAAAGAUAUAGAUGUCCCUGUUGAUAGAGAAGCAAGAAGAUCUAAAGAUUGUCUAAUAUGCUGGUUUUGCGAGAAUUGGUCAAGUAUUCAAGAUAUAUUUUCUUCAGUGUAUACUUCAUUAUUUGCCAACUCAAUUUGUAAUGGCUUUAUCCUUCCACCUCUAACAUUAAUAGAUUCAAAGUAG